GCGCCGGCCGGAAGAGGAAAAGAUGGCGGCGCCCAGCUUCCCCACGCCGCUGUACGGGCAUGUGGGCCACGGCGCCUUCAGCGACGUGUACGAGCCCGCGGAGGACACUUUUCUGCUGCUGGACGCACUCGAAGCGGCGGCGGGCGAGCUCACGGGAGUGGAAAUAUGCCUCGAGGUUGGCUCAGGGUCUGGAGUGGUGUCUGCAUUCCUAGCCUCUGUGAUCGGGCCUCAGGCUUUGUAUAUGUGCACCGAUGUCAACCCUGAGGCAGCAGCAUGUACCCUGGAGACGGCACGUUGUAACCAAGUCCACAUUCAGCCAAUAAUUACAGAUUUGGUCAAAGGCUUGCUACCAAGAUUGAAGGAAAAGGUCGAUCUUCUUGUAUUUAAUCCUCCUUAUGUAGUGACUCCACCUGAAGAGGUUGGGAGUCGCGGGAUACAGGCGGCUUGGGCUGGUGGGAGAAGCGGUCGUGAAGUCAUCGACAGAUUCUUACCACUGGCUCCAGAUCUCCUUUCACCGAGAGGAUUAUUCUAUUUAGUCACCAUUAAAGAAAACAAUCCAGAAGAAAUUUUGAAAAUAAUGAAGACCAAAGGUCUACAAGGGACCACUGCCCUUUCCAGGCGAGCAGGCCAGGAAAUCCUGUCGGUCUUGAAGUUCACCAGGCCCUGAUCUACGGUGUGUGCUACUUAGAGCAGAAUGCUUCUGGCAUAUUUGAAACUGAAAGUUGUUUCUUUGGUAACAAGUAAAAUUGUCAGAAAUUUGUUAUCUAGAAAAAGGCAGGCAAGUAGGGCAUUUCCUUUUACCCAGCAGUCAGGCCUACAGGAAUAUUUGCACAAAUGCAAGUAAAUAUAUAUAUAUAUAUAUUGAAUUUCACAUAUGUAUUAUAUGUAGAGAAUAUAUAACGAAGAAUUAUACUUAAUUAUAUGUGAAGAGGAUGUUCACUGCAGCGUUACUCGUAGUGGCAGAACAAUGAAGUUAAAUGUCCAUCAGCAAAGGGAUUGGUAAAAUAGAGUACAGUAUUUUCAUGUUACUAAACAUCUCCAGCCAUUAAACAUGACUCACGUCUGUAUAUACUCAACCAGAAGGGUUCGUCAUAGGCUACUGAUCAGUGAAAAAAAGCAAGUUGUAAAAUAGUGUUAACCUAUGUGUAUAUUUUUAAAAAACUAAUAACCAGGAAGGUUUGUGUUUUAUGUGCAUAUGAGAAAUUCUCCGAAGGUGCAGGUGGGAAUAGAGGAACCUUCCUUCUUCUGUGCUGCCGUUUGUACAGUGAUAGUCUGUUCUGUAAUGAAGCAGCUUUUUAUAUAAAAGUUUCUCAAGUCCACCUUCCCAUGCUUACUGUCUCCAUUCUCUUCUGUCGUUUAGAGUGGCUUCUGCCUCCGUCCUUCUCCCUGCUCACAUUUCUCCUGUUUAUCCUCUAUCAUAUAUUUCUAUUUUCUUCUUAGAUAUUGCGAACUGCUCUUAUUUUUUUUUCUUAGAUCAGGGAGAGUUGUAUGUAAAUAAACUCAACACUCAGAUUAAUCAAGUAUUUAAGAGCCUAGGGCAACCCACUCCAGUGUUCUUGCCUGGAGAAUCCCAGGGACGGCGGAGCCUGGCGGGCUGCCGUCUAAGGGGUCUCACAGAGUCGGACACGACUGAAGCGACUUAGCAGCAGCAGCAGCAAGAACCUAGGGGUCCUUGGUGGACCAAUGGUUCAGAAUCUGCCUUCCAGCGCAGGGGACGCAGGUUGGAUCUCUGGUCAGGAAAUUAAAGGUCCCACAUGUCGUGGGGCAGCUAAGCCCGCGCACUGCAGCAAAAGAAGCCCGCGCGCCGCAAGGAGCAGCGGCGUGCUUGCCCACGAGCUGCGCCAGAGACCCAGUGCAGCCAACAUGUAAAUAAUAGAUAAAGAGGUUUUUUUUUUUUUUUUAAAGAGUCCUCAUGUAUCUUUCAAGAAAUGUCAAAUUACCUUAACUAAGUUUAGGAACCUCUUCUGUAACGUCCCCCCCACCCCCAUUUAAAAUAUGCAGUUGCCCCUUGAACAGCAUGGGUUUGAACUGUUCAGGUCCAUGUACUCUUGCACGAUCUGUUUCAGUAAAGACACCGCAGUGCUUCACACUCCGUGGUUGGUUGAAUCUGUGGAGGCCAUGGAGGGGCUGGCUGUAAAGUUACACGUGGAUCUUUGAUGUGCAGAGGGUAUCAGUGCCCUAACCCCUGGGUUGUUCAAGGGUCAACGGUAUUUAUGAAAGUCAAUUAGCAGGACUAUAGACCAAAGUGAGAGGAAUCCAGAAUUUAUUUUUAAUUUGGUUACAUUCAGAAUCACCUGAGGAAGUUUAAGAUUAUAUAAUCUUAAACCCCACCAUCAACCCAUGGAAUACUCUGCUUACCAGACCGUAAAACUUUUUUUUUUAAAACUGUACUACUUGAGACUUCCCUGGCAUUCCAGGGGCUAAGACUCCGUGCUGCCAUUGCAUGGGGUCCGGGUUCAGUCCAGUCAGGGAACUGAGAUCAGAUGUGCUACACGGUGCAGUGGAAAAAAAAAACAGUACUUCUCAACAUUCUUUGAGGCAGCCUAACUUUACAACUGUUACUUUAAAUAGCAUUCUCACUGAAUCCUUAGCGUGCAUGCUCAGUCGUGUCCGACUCUUUGUGACCCCAGUGACUAGCCAGCCAGGCUCCUCUGUCCAUGGGAUUUUCCAGAGAAGAAUACUGGAGUGGGUUUCCAUUUCCUGCUCCACAUAUGCUUCCUGACCCAGGGGUCAAACCCAUGUCUCCUACGUCUCCUGUGUUGGCAGGUGGAUCCUUUACCACUGAGCCACCUGGGAAACACCUUAGUCCUUAGGACAAUCCACAGAAGAAGAAUCAUCCUCCUCUGAUGUUCAAAAAGGUUAAAUAGCUUGCUCAAAGAGACACAGCCAUAAUGGGUGAAAACAGUAUGGCAACAUUUCAGACACAGGUCUGACUCCAAAAGCUGGCAUUUCCUCUGCUUAUGCUACUUUCAGCAGCAAAAAUAUAAUUAGUAUUUACUUAAAUCUGAUAACCGUAAGUAAAUUUCCAUUCCCAGAAAUAGUGUCAUCUGAAUAAUAUCUUAUCAUAAAUGACCUAUUGUAUCCCAGGAGGGAAAAAAAAAGAUAAGUAACCUUAGAAAUUUAUUGUGGGCUUUCAAUCAUAGUUUUAGGGAAUAAAGUCUUGAAUUUUUUUUUUUUCAAAUAAUGUUUGAAACACUUUUAAAAAUUUAUUUAUUUUUUAAUUGAAGGAUAAUUGCUUUACAGAAUUUCGUUGUUUUCUGUCAAAACAUCAACAUGAAUCAGCCAUAGGUAUACAUAUGUCCCCUUCCUCUUGAAACACUUUUAAAGUAAUAUGGAAGACUUUUAUCAACAUAGGUGACUAAACAUAGAAAUACUAUGUAAAAGACACCAAAGAUUUCACAUGUAUGGCUGUUACUGACUGUUACUUCCAUCCACCCCAACACUCACCCAGCUCCACCACCACCAAAUUUAUAUGUUGAAGCCCUAUUCCUUAUACCUCAAUGUGAUUAUAUUCAGAAAUAUAUAGGGAGGUAGUUAUAUAGAGAGGUAACCUUUAGAGAGGUAGUUAAAUAAAAUGAGGCCAUUAGGAUAGGCCCUGAUCCAAUCUGACUUGUGUCCU